AUCUUCACUUGUUGGGCUUCCAUCAACGAACCCGCCCCGAAUCAAUUCAGGUGAAACGACGUCGUCUCCUUCAAUCAUCUUCAAUUUCCCCAAUUUUCAUCUGAUUCUUCCCCCAAUCUCCCUCCAUUCCCAUUGAAUCCGAACUGAAAUUGCUUCAAAUCUUCAUGGGAUGUGGCAACUUGCGUAGUCCGGAGAUAGCAACCCGAUUCGUGUCAGCUGACGGCAGUCUCUCCACCGUUAAUUUCGUCGUCAAUCGGCCGUCAGCGGAUCCGCACCGCUUCGAAUCCUGAUCGAUUUGGUUAAUAUUGCAAGAAAUUUUGAAUGGGGCUGACAUCUGGGAAUGAUGGAAGUGACGCAAUGAAAUUAUGUGUAUUCGAUUUAAGAAGGGGCCAAACUGAAGGGCAGGAGUUGGACAAGAUUCUCUUCUUCAAUCCUGCUGAUUUGCCCCUUCCGACACAGCUCUCGGUUAUUGGCCUCAGUGAAGGACUCAUCACUUUCACAAGGAUUUUCUCUCCAGAUGCUCCUUGUGAGGUCAUUGAAGCUGAGAUGCAUUCUCAUGUUUUUUAUGAGGCAGAGCCAGAUAUAUGGAUGGUGAUGGUACGAUAUCUGUUUCUUAGGAAGCUCUAUCCCUUUUUUCUCUUCAAUUAUGAAGCAUGUACUGUUUUGGCUAAUGAUUGGUUAGAUCAAGAAAUUAUAUUUUGCCAUUUUCACACCUUGCAUUUUCUCUUUGGGUCAGAUUUUUCUAUGGGGAAGAAAUUUCAGUUGCCAAACUUUCGUGACUCUCUAAGAGAACGUGGAACACUGCAGAUGUUAACUGUGGGACGAGAGGCUGCAAUUGAAGUGCAGUGUCUUGUUCGAGCGUUAGAAUCAUGUGCCGGGAACACGCAAUGCUUCUCACUGACAAUGUUCCAGGAUCUGUUGGUCUCCACAAAUCUUUCUCCUAUCGACACUGUCAACCUAUUUACCUAUGCUAUUCUAAGGUUAACUCCUCUUGCCCUAUCUGCUGGAGCAAGGUCGUGGUCCUCUUCAAGUAAAGGAAACACUGCAUGUAAUACUUCUGCUGGAGCUGUUCUUGCAAAUUAUGGUUCUGUUGGGGAUCAAUAUCAUAAUUCUCACGAUACUUCCCCACUAAGGAAUCACAAUCAUCCUUUGGCGAGGCCUUUGCAGCAUUCCAAGUGGUCCAAGGGGAAGGAUGGGUUUCUUGUCACGGAUAUUUGGGGUGUAGAAGUUAAUUCUUUAGUGCCUAAAAGCCCAACAAUUUGGCUACAUCAAACAGAAGAGAAGAUGUAUCUACUGGCUUAUCAACAUCGGGGCCUCACUGUGAUAAUUCUAAUUCCAGUCUCAUCUGUCAAUGGUGAGCAAGGGGUUGCUACAGUGAAGCAGCAAAUUCUUGAACAUGCAUCAUUGAAGAUGUUCAAAGUUGAAGAGAAGCUAGCAAGAGGGUGGGGUGGUGAGAAUGCGUAUCAUGUGAGUGGAUAUCGAUAUCUGCUGGUGGAUGGUGAUAGGUGCACAUCCAGGGCUUCUCCACCUGGAAAAGUUACGACUCUAACAAAGGAAUCAUUGGUUGCGUUGAGUAAGCUUCGAGAGGAGAUUGACAAAGAAAAGAGUAAAGCCAAAUGGGACAAUGAAGGCGGUGAGAAGGAUCUAGAAUUAUGCAUUAGAGCAAAAAACAAUGCUUGGCUUAUUGCUCGUCUUACUAGAGGAAAGGAGCUUUAUAUGGUUCUCGAGAAAGCCAACGAAACCCUUCUUUAUGCCUCUGAUGCUGUUGAGAAGUUCAGUGACAGGUACUGUAACGGUUCGUUUUCCCUGGACUAGGCAAGCAGUUUUAACUGCAGUGUGAAGAGACAAAAUAAGAUACAUUAUUAUUUAUCGACAUGCUCGAAAAUGAUAUACGGUGUAUCGAGAAAACAGAGGUAAGCCUAAAGAAAUUGUAUACUUAUGUACAAGUAUAUGUAGAAAAAUAAUGCCCCAGUACGACGGUCUAUGAGAUGCUACACCUGGUGUAAAGUACCGGACAAUUUUGCACCAUCGAUUUAUACAAAUAACUACCCACGAAGCACACAUACAUGUGGGUGUGUGUGUGUUAUAAUGUGUAGAUCAAUUGUGCACGAUCGCCCGGUGCCGGGUGUAACAUCUACAAAACCCAGUCUGAGUUAGUAACUUGUACUUAAUUGAUAUUAUCUAUCUUUUGAUUGAAUGGAUAGGAUUUUGACACGGAGUGUUCAUUUGUAGGAGAUGAAUAUUUUGGACAUAUAAAAAAUGAAUUUAUUGUGUUAUUAUUAUUAUGUUUCCCACUUUCAUGGGGAUUUU